AUGUCAAAGAGAAGCCUUCUAACGCUCAAGGUUUGCACGACGCAAGUCACAGCAAAUGUGAACAAUGAGCUGGCUGUCUCUCGUCAUAUCGCCUCAAUCGAGGCGGCGGAACAUCCAGGCAAGCAACUUCUACGCGCGACUCGCGACGAUUUCCAAGUCGUUGGGCCGCAUGGCACGCACCAGUGCCUGGUUUUCAACCCGCUCGGCCUAACAUUUACGAAAUUUCGGAAUAAAUUUCCUGAUAAAGCUUUCAACAAAAAGCUGCUGCAGCAGACGUUGCAAUUGGUGCUAUUGGGUUUAGACUUCCUGCAUCAGGCAAACGUGGUACAUACAGACAUAUCACCAAAUAAUGUCCUACUAAGCAGCCCAGAUCCAUCCGUCUUUGAAAAGAUUGAACGAUCCGAGCUUGAACAGCCAUCUGCCCGGAAAAUUCUCUCAGAUCGCACAAUCUACGUUUCACAACCAAUGCCCAUUACCUUUGGCAUGCCAAUUAUAUGCGACUUUGGCGCAGCGAGAAUAGGCAACACUCACUCUGGCGACGUUAUGCCAGGUGUUUAUCGAGCGCCAGAGGUUAUCAUGGGUAUGGAGUGGGACUCAAAGAUUGACAUCUGGUCGGUUGGAGUUAUGAUAUGGGACCUGUUUGAGGGUGGUCGUUUGUUCCACGCGAUGAAAGAUGGGGUUCUGAAUGACGAACAGCAUCUAGCAGAAAUGGUGUCUUUAAUGGGACAACCUCCAAAACGAUUCUUGGAAGGGAGCCCAGAAUGCCGUCGAUACUGGGAUGCCGACGAUAAAGCCAUGGCCUGA